UCGAUUUCGUCGCAUUUCUCAUCGCAGUUUGAGUGAAUCGCCCAAAGUGAUCAGACAGAAAAUCCACGUUGCUCCGUUGCUCGCUUAAUUCUGCAAAUUUUAUUCUACAAGGAAUCUCCCGUAACUAGUUGAAACAUGUACGGAAAUCGUCAGCAAUCCGGUGGUGGAUUCCGUGGAGGAAGUUCCUCGGGCGGAGUUGGCGGCGGAAUGGGCCGGCCCGGUGGUGGUAUGGGAGGAGGUGGUGGCUUCCGUGGCGGAGAUCGUCCCGGUGGUCCCCCACGUGGUGGAAUGGGCGGAGGAGGCGGCGGUGGAUUUGGUGCAAACCGUGGCACUUUCGACCGGCAAGCCAACAACGGGGCCAGUUUGCGAACUCUCAAGUGGAGUCGCGAAGAUUUGACCCCGUUCGAGAAAAAUUUCUACAAACCAUCAGACCGGUUGACCAACAUGCCGCAGGAAGAAGUCAAUGAGGUGCUCACGAAGUUUGAGAUCACUCUUAAGGGCCGGAACAUUCCUCGUCCGAGUGUUUUGUUCCAGGAUGCCAGUCUACCAGACAACAUCAUGGCUGAAAUGAACCGACAAGGGUUCAGCAAUCCCACACCGAUUCAGUCGCAGGGUAUGCCAAUCGCGCUUAGCGGUCGUGAUAUGGUAGGCAUUGCUCAAACUGGCUCGGGCAAGACUUUAGCCUAUAUUGUACCAGCUUUGAUACAUAUUAUGCACCAAGAUCAAGUUAGACGUGGUGAUGGUCCAAUCGCGCUUGUGUUGGCACCAACUCGUGAGUUGGCACAACAAAUUCAGCAAGUAGCCAUCGACUUUGGUCAACGUGUCAAUGCAAACAAUACCUGUGUAUUUGGCGGAGCCCCCAAAGGGCCCCAGAUUCGUGACUUGGAGCGAGGCGCGGAAAUAGUGAUCGCUACUCCUGGUCGUUUGAUCGAUUUCCUCGAAAGGAACAUUACUAAUUUGAAACGUUGCACCUAUUUGGUGCUGGACGAAGCCGAUCGUAUGCUGGACAUGGGCUUCGAACCACAAAUUCGUAAAAUUAUGGGUCAAAUUAGACCCGAUCGUCAAGUUUUGAUGUGGUCUGCAACAUGGCCAAAAGAAGUUCGCAAUCUGGCAGAAGAGUUUUUGACCGAUUACAUUCAAAUCAACAUUGGCUCCUUGAACCUCUCGGCUAACCAUAACAUUCUUCAGAUUGUGGACGUUUGUGAAGAUUAUGAAAAAGAUCAAAAAUUGAUGAAAUUGUUGACAGAAAUUUCGGCCGAAAGCGAGACUAAAACGAUCGUUUUCGUUGAAACUAAACGUCGCGUUGACGACAUCACGCGUAGCAUUUGUCGCAAUGGUUGGCGCGCCGUAUCAAUCCACGGCGACAAAUCACAGCAAGAGCGUGAUUACGUUUUGAACGCAUUCCGAAACGGUCGCCAGGGUAUUCUGGUGGCCACCGACGUCGCUGCUCGCGGACUUGAUGUAGAAGAUGUUAAGUUCGUAAUUAAUUACGACUAUCCAUCUAACUCAGAGGAUUACGUACACCGGAUUGGCAGAACGGGUCGUUCUAACAAUACCGGCACCGCAUAUACGCUGUUCACCAAUGGCAACGCCAAUAAAGCGGGAGAUCUCAUCAACGUGCUGAGGGAAGCCAAUCAGGUUAUUAACCCCAAACUUAUGGAAAUGGCCAAAGGUGGCUUCGGACGGGGUGGCCGAAACAAUCGCUACGGUAACAAUCGUUUUGGUGGACAGCAGAAUCGUCCCCCGCGUGACGGAGGCUAUGGUGGUGGACAGCGUUUCGGUAAUCGCGAUGGAGGCAACAAAUUUGGCGGAGGAAUGGGUGGUGGUGGCGAGAACAAAUAUGGUGCGAAGCCGGCUAUGAAUGGUGGAGGCCAGCAGCGCGAUCAUGGAGCUAAUCGAAUGAUGAACGGAUCCGGACCACCACGUCAGAGUCGAUUCUCGACGCCAGCUGGAGCGCCACCACCAUACUCGUCGAGCGGUAGCGCCGGUGGGUUCAAUAAGCCCCCGCCUCAUCAAGGUGGUGCAGCGCCCUCAAGCAAUACCUAUGGAUCCUACAAACCCUACAGUUCUGGUCCCGCAAGCCAAGCCAACGGACAGUUUAACAGUUUUCCCAAACCUGCACCGGCGCUACCCUCGUCGUACCAAUUCACCAGCCUUCCACCACAAGGAGGCCAACCUUUUGCAUUCCCUCCGCCCGCAGUGGCAAUGAACUAAACGCGUUUAAUUUAUAUUUACCUAUAAUUCAUGCACAUUGAUCAUUUUAAAUUGACUUUUAUCAAAUUCAUCGACGUUAGGGUUGGAAGUAAUCAUUUGAUAGUUUUAACUGAAUGCUACAAAAAUCUAGGAUUAGGAUUAUCCUAUAAUAUUGUCACCAGUAGGCAAGUGUGAACACACAGCAGCGAGAGAAUGUGAAGAUUUUUUUUACGUUAGUUUGGAUUAUUGUCAAUCCUCCGUACGAUUGAUUAUAUAAAUGUGAUAUGAUAUAGCAACAUUAAUCCAAAUGUGUGACUAAAGUUAUCUAGUAGCAACACUUUAAAUUACUUUGUUUCUGAUAUUUAUUUCAUAUUAUAAACAAAGAGGCUACCCUGUUAUGAGUAACAGUAAUCUGCUGUGAAAUCAAUAGGUGAAUGUGGUAUCUUUGAAAAGCGGUAAUCAGCCGAAAUAAACAAUAUAAUACGACUAACACAUGUUCCGAAAGAACAGAAACAAUGUGCAACAGAAAUCUCUCGAAGUAGUGUAAAACCUGAUCAACCUGAACAUGUUUAUAUUUCACUAUUGCACUCUUAGAUUGAUUAUUGAAUGUAUGUCAAAUCCUUUUUUCUCGCCCCUUAACUUACCUUUACAGAACAGUGAAACCUCCGAACAGUGAAUUUUGUUUCAUCGACUUUAAACCGUUGGAAGAAACAGAAAACAUAGUUUGGUGAACUAUGAAAGUACAAUAAAAUACAAAAUUAAAAAAUAA